AUGGCCACAGCGUUGCCUUAUCGACCGUCAAACGACUCUCUCUCCGCCUCAAAUCGCCAAACAACGGGACUACCCCGACUCUCACCAGCCCCUUCCUUCAUCGGACGAUCCCCCAGCAGCUCACACGGAUCCUAUCGCCGUAUAUCUACAGAAAAUCCGGGCUCAUCCUUCAAACCCCGCCGCUGUAAGGCACAAUACCCACUGGACUCGCCUGAGCGCCAUGUGGAAUACAUCCUUGUUGCGUCCUUCCACAUUGAUCGGGGGCCGAUCAUGGAGCAUCAGUACCCCGCCGCGAUCAGUGGUGAUGAGAGUAUGCUGGCAGAGCUGAUGCUGCCCGACCAAACCCAUGUGCGAAGUCAAGACUGGACCAUGUUCUUCUUGCACAAGGAUACCAGUGGUGACGAUGACACCGACUCAGUGGGAGGGAAAAAGAAGAAACGGAAGUCAAAGUACCGUGGGAACCAAGAGGGGGCGGAUAUUCAAGAUGAGAACUCGGACGAAGCCUCCGAUGACCCAGACAGUAGUGACGACGAGGGUGGUGAAGGGCCACCAUUGAUGUAUGUGCUGAAUCUGGUCAACACGAAGCAAGACAACACGGUUCGGCGUGGUGCCGUGGUCAAGGCCAUGGCGAUCUGUACACGACACUCAUUCCUCCAUAUUUACAAACCACUUCUUCUUCUGGCGCUGGAAGAUUACUUUAAAUCACCCUACCCUGAAACACUCGCAUCUCUCUAUGACGCCGUCAAUGCCAUGGACCUGUCGCUAAUGCCGAAAAUGUCCAUAUUGGAACGCCACAUCCUGCAGUCUAGCAACACGAAGGACAUGUUCUUAGAGAAGUUUGAACAAAUGAUUCGCCAGCGAGAAGAGGAAGAAAGUCAAGACGGCGAAUGUCCACCAUCGCCCAAGAAAAUGAGCCGAUAUGUCUUACCUCGGGAUACACACGAGUACGAGUCGAAAGUGGUCUAUAAUGACAUUCCAAUUCCAGUCAAGAUCCCAACGGUGAUUUGGCCAGAGACAGUUGGCGACUUCUCCCUCAUCAAACUCGUUCAGACAUUUGCCGUGCCUCAUGCCACCUCUCCGCAAGCAUUCCCAGCUCACCCUCAUCUAACCACAAGCGGUCCCUUCACGCACCCGAUAAUCGUACUCGUCAACGCUAUUCUCACCCAGAAGCGGGUUGUGUUCCUUGGACACAACCGACCAUCCGGGGAGGUUGCAGAGGCAGUUCUGGCAGCCUGUGCCCUAGCAUCGGGAGGUAUUCUGCGCGGGUUCACCCGCCAUGCCUUCCCUUACACAGAUCUUACCAAGAUCGACGACCUUCUCAAAGUCCCUGGCUUCAUCGCAGGUGUCACAAACCCUACUUUCGCGAACCAUCCUGAAUGGUGGGAUAUCUUGUGCGACCUCCCAACCGGACGUAUCAAGAUCUCAACCCAUGUCGAACCUGCCCCAGUGACAGAAGGUCUUCUGUUCUUCCAACAGCAGAAUGCCCUCCUGCCAAACAACACCUCAAACACAACCCACGACCCAACAGGUGACACCCUCUUUAUGGAAGACAUCCUCCGAAGUAUCAGCCAACGCCAUGGUGAGAACGCCGUCCGUGCCAAAUGGCGUGGCUACAUCACCAAAUUCGUGCGCGUAGCAGCUGCCUUCGAAGAAGCCGUUUACGGCGCCUCAAACCUGUACAUAAUCGGUCCAGGCGAAGAGCUUUCACCGGACAGCCCAACAGGACACCAGAGUGACGCAUCAGACCCAAGCUCUCUUCGCGGUCAUGGUUACGUCUGGACAGAUGAAAUGGCCAAACAGCGCGAGCUAUCGGCCUCCGUCUCCCGGAUUGAAGGCUGGCGCAACACCCGGUCCUAUUACUCCUAUAUCCAAGACAUUGCCGCGAUGUACUUCCCCGCGCGCCCAAUCCAACGCCCCGACAUUACCCAUCAUCACGAUCGUCUGCGUGCACUCAAGCUCUCGCAUUCGGAAUCGGCUUCCAUCUACCUUGCUCUCGCUCACGCUGUCAAGGACUACGCCGGUAUCUGCCAGCUGCUGUGUGUCGCGCCGGAGAACCAAGCGGGUCUCUUCUAUAUCAGCAUGGGUCUUUUCCACCCCGAUCAAGUUGUUCGCGAGGCGACGGUCGAUCUACUAGACCGUAUCGCGUCCCAUCCGGCCGGGCGUCAUUUCUGGACUCAAGUUGGUCGCUUUGCGAAAUUGGGGUAUAUUCGUGUCAAGAGGGAGCGGGAUGCUGCCACGCAAAGUCCUAUCUCCGGUGCGGCUUCACCUACAAUUCCAACUAGUCCCGGUGCUAGUUUUGGUGGGGAGCCGCAGAGUUUGGUUGGUGUUGCCAUGGGUGGCAGCAUGUCGAGAAGGAGUUGA